AGGAGGAGGCGCGUGGACCGAGAAUGCGGGACUUCUCACACACACUCUACACACACACUAACGCUCGCUCACUCGCGCGCACGAGCAGCUCCCCUUCCGCAGGAAUCACUCUUCUUGAAGAAAGAAAAAAAAAAGCAGCAGCGGCAGCAGCACGCGCUCGCAUUCGCUUCAACUUAACAGCGCAGAGGAGCACGCGCACGCACGGACUGCAGCGCGGAGGAAGAGAAAAAAGAGAGAAGGAGAGAAGGAGGGGAGCUUUCACGCGCCGAUCCUGCGGAGGAAGAAAAGAGGACGGAGCAGACUUUAAAAAGAGAGAGAGAGAAAGAUAGACAGACUCCACUGAGGAUACAAACACGGAGGGAGAUAGAAAGAGAGCGUGCGCGCGCGAGAGAAGGAGUGAGAGAGAAAGAGAAAGAGGGGAGGGAUAGAGAGCGAGAGGGAGAGAGAGAAGAGAAAUAGGGAGGGAGGGAGCGAGCGAGCGAGAGAGAGAGAGUGAGAGAGAGAGAAGCGUCCCAAGCUGAAGUCACGGACGGAUCUCUCUCCCUUUUGUGUUCUGCUGCAUUGCAGUUUAAAACAGUGGAGGGACCCGCAGCAUCUCAAUGAAGCGGAUAAAGUGAACGAGGGGGAAAACUCGCGCGCCCAGCUGCACUCCCCUUCCUAAAUCAAUCACAGGAGAUACGUGUGUGUGUACAUUUUCUGCGUAUACAUACGUGCGCACGUGCAAAUAUUGCUGAAAGUGGACUCUGUUGGAUUUUACGCCGGGAGGUUGAAGUGAUGAACAUGGGCUUCCCCCUCAGAGGAUAUAUUCAUUUUGACUGCGCGUGAACGUGACCGGAGAACUAAAGGAACUAAAGGUUUGGGUUUUUUUUUAUUUGUUUAUUUAUUUAUUUUUCUCAAAGAAGACGACCAGGAUUGUUGGGGUGCAUUUGGCCGGUCUGGGCAGUGAUAGAGGGAGCGAGGGAGCUGGAGUGGAGCCCGCUAGCUCUGGGCAACUGCAGAGAGAGAGAGAGAGAGAGAGUAAGAGAGAAAGAGAGAGUAAGGAAGACAGCCAUGGGUAGCGAGAGUGUUGGCGCAUUGCAACCGGCGCUGCGCUGCUACCUCGUGCUCGCCCUGCAGCUGCUGACUCAGCUAAUGCCUGUGGACUCUGCGCUGCGCUACAAGAUAGCGGAAGAAGGUCCACCGGACGUUCGCAUUGGAAAUGUGGCGGCCGACUUGGGACUGUCCACGUCCGGGAUCGGGACCGGGGACGUCACGUUCGCCCUGGAGUCUGGGUCCGAGUACUUCAAAAUUGACAAUGUGACGGGGGAGCUGACCACCAGCAGCCGGAGGAUCGAUCGUGAGAAGCUUCCCCAGUGCCAGAUGAUCUUUGACGAGAACGAAUGUUUCCUGGACUUUGAAGUUUCCGUCAUUGGCCCCCUGCAAAGCUGGGUUGACCUGUUCGAGGGCCGCAUCGUCAUAACCGAUGUCAACGACAACACACCUUCCUUCCCAUCCCCGGUGCUGACGCUGUCUGUUGAGGAGAACCGACCAAUCGGGACGCUGUACCUGUUACCUACGGCGACUGACCGUGACUUCGGGCGCAACGGGAUUGACCGCUACGAGCUAGUGCAGGAUAGUCGAGACCAACGGCGGCCUGCUGGUGCUAGCAUGGCUGCAGGAACCAACAAUGGAGGAGCUGACAGGAGGCGGAGCCAAGAGGCAGGGUCAGUUCCUGCAGGGCGGAGCAAUGUUUUCGAACUGCAGGUAGCAGACACACCUGAUGGACAAAAGCAGCCCCAGCUGAUCGUUAAAGGCCCACUUGACCGUGAAGCUCGAGAUUCUUAUGAGCUUAUGCUACGUGUUCGGGAUGGCGGGAGUCCACCGCGAUCAUCACAGGCUUUGCUUCGAGUCGCCAUCACAGAUGUAAAUGACAACAGCCCACGGUUCGAGAGGGCCGUGUAUGAAGCAGAGAUGGCAGAAAAUACCCCACCGGGGACGCCGGUGCUCCAGGUGCGAGCCUCAGACCGUGACAUUGGAGUGAACGGGCAGGUGGAAUAUGUGUUUGGUGCUGCCACAGAGUCCGUGAGGCGCAUGCUUAGGCUAGAUGAGGCUUCCGGUUGGCUAAGCGUCCUGCACCGGAUUGACCGCGAGGAAGUUUCACAGCUCCGUUUCACCGUUACUGCAAGGGACCGUGGGCAGCCUCCUCGCACUGACCGUGCCACAGUCAUCCUGAAUGUACGAGACGAGAAUGACAACGUGCCUGUUGUUGAAAUCCGCAAAAUUGGGCGCAUUCUAGUGCGGGAUGGUGUGGCCAUGGUUCCAGAGAAUGUUCUUGUGGACACUCCAGUAGCUUUGGUGCAAGUGUCAGACCGUGACCAAGGGGAAAACGGUGCUGUUACUUGCACAGUGGUGGGAGAUGUCCCAUUUACGCUAAAACCGGCAGGUGAAAAUGCGCUAGCUCCUCCUCCUCCACCCACAGAUGAUGCCUUUGAGCGAAACAAGAAGAAAUUCUUUCUGCAUACUUCAGCACUGUUGGACUAUGAGGCAACUCGAGAUUAUAGCGUUACAAUCGUAGCUGUGGAUUCAGGAAGUCCAAGCUUGUCCAGCAACAGCACCCUAAUGGUACGGGUUGUGGACAUAAAUGAUCAUGCUCCUACUUUUGCUCAGAGCUUAGUGGAGGUCCAUUUUGCUGAAAACAAUGCACCAGGUGAGCGGGUGGUAACUGUGGUGGCUGCAGACGCUGACAGUGGCAAAAAUGCAGAAAUUGCAUACUCUCUGGAUCCAUCUGUAAAUGGUGCAUUUUAUAUUGAUGCUGACAACGGGGAUAUUCGUGCCACAGGUGCUCUGGACCGAGAGCAGCGUGAAAGGUACGAAUUUCGGGUGAUUGCAAGGGACAAAGGGUCCCCUUCUUUACAAGGAUCUGCAACUGUUGUUGUCCAGGUAACAGACAGGAAUGACAAUGCGCCAAAAUUUGUUCAGGAGGUCUUCACCUUCUACGUCAAAGAGAAUCUUCUUGCUAACAGUCCUGUUGGUAUGGUGACUGUUACGGAUGCUGAUGAAGGGGAGAAUGCUGAGUUGAGUCUGUUUGUGGAGGAGGAUGAGGAAGAAGAUGAAGCAGGAGGACGGAAACAGGAAAUUUUCUCCAUUGAAAACAACACAGGUACCAUUUUUUCUGCAGCUUCCUUUGACCGUGAAGGCCGCAGCACUUACACUUUCCGUGUUCGAGCUGUGGACGGAGGAGAACCACCACGAUCAGCAACCGCCACAGUUUCCCUCUUCGUCACGGAUGAAAAUGACAAUGCCCCUGCCGUCACCGCCCCUGCCAAUGAGUCAUACACACUCUUGCCCCCAGCAAGCGGAGCCCGGACCGUGGUCCGCACCGUGACAGCCUCGGACGGAGACACCGGAUCCAACGCAGACCUGCGGUUUGCCUUGGUUGGGGGAAACCCUUUCCGGUUAUUUGAGAUCGGCCCCAACAGUGGCGUCAUCACCCUGGCUGAGCCGCUGGAGAGGAGGCACCGGGGGCUCCACCGCCUGGUGGUGCGGGUGAACGACAGUGGAGUUCCCUCACUGUGUGCCACCGCGCUUGUCCACGUCUUCAUCAACGAGAGCCUUACCAAUGCCACCCUGGUGGAUGCACAGGUUGCCCGUAGUCUGUCGGUCCCUCUCUCCCUCGACAUUGCUGGUGACCCAGACACUGACCGUGUGCUGGGUAAACAGCGCCUCAGUGUGGCCAUCGGCGUAUUGGCGGGCGCUGCAGCGGUCAUCCUGGUCAUCCUACUGGUGGUGACCGCGCGUCAGUGCGGCUCUCAGGCUAAGAACGGCUACGAGGCUGGCAAGAAAGAGCCGGAGGAGGACUUCUUCAGCCCGCAGCCGCCGCCGCUAAAGCCGCAGGGUGACCGCGGGCGCAAGCCGAGGCGGGACAAGCGCGGCGCCAAUGGCAGCGCCAAAAGUGACCGCUCCCUCUACAGCGGCAUAGUAACGGUCAAUGGCUGUCGCCGCGGCAAUGUGGAAGAGGAAGAAGAAGACGAGGAGGUUAGCAAUGCCAGCGAGCGAAUAGCAGCCCGCUACUGCGCCGCAGCCAACGGCGACCCCUCUAGCCCACGUCUGGGAGCCAGGCGGCACCAGUCCAGCCCGGAUUUGGCCCGGCACUACAAGUCCAGUUCACCGCUGCCCGCCGUCCACUUGCAACCCAACUCGCCGCCGGCCGAGGGGAAGAAGCACCAAGCCGUGCAGGAGCUGCCCCCCACCAACACCUUCACCGGUGGGAACGCUGACGCCAUGAGCCUCGGGUCUGACCAGUGCUCCGACUACAGCUGCCACAACGCCAAGUACAACAAACAGCCUUUGCGGAGGGUGACGUUCUCCGUGGCGACACAGCCGCAAGACCCUGGUUGCUAUGACAGUGGGGUGGAGGACUCGGAGACCCCCAGCAGUAAGAGCUCAUCUGGGCCCAGGAUCGGAGUUCUGCCGCUGCCAGAGGACGGAUACGAGAGAACAACACCAGAGGGCAGCGUGGGGGAGGAGGAACAUGUGGAGAACGACCCACGGCACCUCCCUGAUGUGGCCCUAACUGGUAAAUGUACACGCGACUGCGAUGAGUUCGGCCACUCGGACGCCUGCUGGAUGCCCGUCCGUCCAUCACCACGGAAACGGCAGCCCGGCGACCCCUCGGCAGGUGACGACAACAACAACCACGAGGACGACAGCGAGCGCGAGGAGAUCGAGGAGGAGGAAGAGGAGGGUGGCGAGGAGGACGAAGGCUCGGACCAGGGCAGCGGCGGUGGCGGGGCCGAGGACGCCCGCGGCUCGCUCUCCAACGUCGACCAGCGCAACCGUAACAUGGGCGACCACAACCGCAACCUGCUGAACCGCAAGAUGACCUCGGCCUCCUACGACACCUUCAGCAGCGCCGGCUUCGGCCAUCACCACCACCAUCACCGCGGCAACGAGCAGGACGACCUGCACCAGCGGUCCGAGGUCAUCCCGCUGACCCGCACGGGGGGCGGAGACUACAAGACCACGUCGUGCCUCACGCUGUCGCGCAGGGAGGUGUACCUGUGAUCCAGCCUCAUACCUUCGAUCUCCUGGGUGACUUCCUCUGAACCCUCCACCCUCAAUCACCCCCAGGUGACCUUUGACCUCUGGCCAGACACUCACCUGGGGCUGAUGAAGUCCAGCUGAAUUUCAGGACCGCCCUAAAGAGGUGGUCACCAACCCUGGACCUGGACUUCUGCAGGUUUCACCUUCCAAGCCAAACAUCUGAAUGUCUAUAGAUGAUUACUAUGCUAAUUUAAUAGUAAUUAUGCAGGUCUAAUUAUAAUAAACGAACAUUCUACUGAUAGCUAGUUUAUAAUAACAACUGUACAAAUGUAAUGACAGCAUAAUUAUGCUAGAAGGUGAACCUGUGACCUGCGAAAAGGAUGAAAGCAUCUUAAUAUUCCUCAGUAUAAGACUGUUAGCACAGUUGUAACAUAAUAUAAAAGCUAUUUCCAGAUAUUUUUACUUAUGUAAUUUUAUUAAGUGACAUUUUACUGCACUAGCAGAUCAUUUUAGCUUGUUUCAAGAAGAAAAAACAAAGUAAACAUAGUAACUUCACUUCAAAAGAAGUAAAAUAUCUAGAAAUAGCUUAAUAAUCUCCUAACAAUUUUAUACGGAGAAAUAUUACAUAUACAGCCUACAUUUAAGGUGCUUUCACUUCAUUUUCGCAGUGUAGAAAUUUCAUCCUCAAUUUCCAGUCCUCAUUCAACCAAUCAAGAACUUCUACAGACAAUUAUUAGCUGGAUUACAAGUAGGUGGAUUAGCAUUAGAGCUAGUAGAUCUCCAAGAGCAGAGUUGGUGACCACCAACACCAAAGCACACACCUGUUCAGAACAGCCGUGCUUACCUUUUUUUUGCCAAACGAGACAAAAACAAAGAACAAUCAUCCGCUCAUUUCUCCGGAUGCAAAAACAAAAGGAUUUCGGGACUUUCGGAGAACCAUGGAGGAGUCGUGAACUCGGAAAUACGUGCAUGUUUGACGCUGUAGGGAGAAGGAGAGGCGAGUUAACGUUCUUCACGUGUAAAGGAAUAGCAUCUAGCCAAUCAGACGGCUGUACAGAUGUGACAUCAUCAACAUGCAACCAAUCGUUUCGAACCGAAACGAACUUGCUAACUGUUUAGCGGCUAACCAAUCAUCAGUUACGCAUUUGAAUAUACAUCUAGUUCGUAGAUCAGUAGUGUCAGAAGACGAUAAAAGAGACAAGAAAAGUGGAGUAUACUGUUUUUUCUUUCUUUCUUGGAGAUGUAAACGGAGCGACUCUGCGCUGACGCGUCUCGAGGGACAGAAGGAUCAUCCUGACUGUUACGGUUUCACCACGGACCUGAAAGUGAAGCCUCGCAGCGACUGUUUAGCCAAAAGAGAGCGACGAGACACUUUCGCAGUUUCUUCAUCGGCCACGUUUCCUUCUUUCGUGCGUCGCGUGAGCGCACUCUCGCACGCAAAAAAAACUCGCAUUCUUCUGCUGCAUAUUAGCCUUUGUAAAAGAAAUUAGCUGUAGCAUCUUUGCCUGCUUAACCUUCAGCCGGCGCAUACGACGGUGAAGCGCAACUGAAUAACUAAUCAUCUGUUUAAGUGCAUCAUACUUCAGGGCAUUAAACGACGCUCAAGCUACUUCUAUGCUAUCCAGUAAAUGAGAAAUGUAUCAUCUUUUUUAUGUAGGAACCAUAGGUGAACCAAAUUUCUGUAAAGACCACACUGCAUGACUUAAGCUAAUGCUAAUUUUUUUGAUAAAAAUAGACAUUUUUUUUUUCUCUCUCUGGGGAUGUAAUCUCUUUAAAAAUUGUGUGUG